AUGAAGCAGAUUUACAGAAGAUAUCCAAAUGCAGUUGUGUUUGCUAUGGCUUCCAUUGCUAUGGUUUAUAUGGUUCUGAUAAAGGGUUCAAAAGGAACAUCUUGGUUUGAUUUUUCGCCGUCUCCAUCUCCAUGGUUGAGUACCAGUGUAGAUAGGAAAUCUGAUUCUGCAUUCACAUUCAACCACAGUUCAUCACACAUGGAUGCAGCAAGAAGGCAGAAGGCAUUGCCUGAUCUUGAAAGGAGCUACAUUGGUAAUUCAGUUUUGAAAACAGAUAAGCAGAAGGGAGAUGUAAACCUGGAGAAACUUGAAGCUGGUCUAGCUACUGCCAGAGCAUUGAUAAGGGAAGCAACAUCAAAAUUCAACCAUACAGCUCUUGAAGACGCAGAUUAUGUUCCACAAGGCGAUAUAUACAGGAAUACUUACGCCUUUCACCGGAGUUACCUCUUAAUGGAAAGCCUGUUUAAGAUAUAUGUCUACGAAGAGGGAGAGCCGCCUAUAUUUCACAAUGGCCCUUGCAAGAACAUAUACUCUAUGGAGGGGCUCUUUCUUAGCUUCAUGGAAACUGAUACCAAGUUCCGGACUCUGGACCCUGACAAGGCUCAUGUCUAUUUUCUCCCAUUCAGUGUUGUGAUGAUCAUUGAGUACCUGUUUCAUCCAAUUAUUCGUGACAAAGCUGUUCUAGAGCGAACCGUGGUCGAUUAUGUUCGUGUCGUAUCGAAUAAGUAUCCAUUUUGGAACAGAAGCCUUGGAGCUGAUCAUGUCAUGCUUUCUUGCCAUGAUUGGUUAAUGGGGAUCCCUGAAGAGCAAUAUAGAAGAAUGCAGAAGAGAGUGAAGCAAGUGCAAAGGCAUUUUGUGGUGAACAAUCCCCCCAAGAGAUUUCAUGUUUUUCAUAUGAUUAUUCAUUCAAUCUGGCUUAGGAGACUGAAUGUGCGCAUUUAUGGUUGA